UCACUGCCGCUACCACCACUUGACAAUGCAGAUCUUCGUGAAGACCCUGACUGGUAAGACCAUCACCCUGGAGGUGGAGCCCAGUGACACCAUCGAGAAUGUCAAGGCGAAGAUCCAAGAAAAAGAGGGCAUCCCCCCAGACCAGCAGAGGUUGAUCUUUGCCGGGAAACAGCUGGAAGAUGGGCGCACCCUGUCUGACUACAACAUCCAGAAAGAAUCCACCCUGCACCUGGUCCUCCGUCUCCGAGGUGGGAUGCAGAUCUUCGUGAAGACCUUGACUGGUAAGACCAUCACCUUGGAGGUGGAGCCCAGUGACACCAUCGAGAACGUCAAGGCAAAGAUCCAAGACAAGGAGGGCAUCCCCCCAGACCAGCAGAGGUUGAUCUUUGCCGGGAAACAGCUGGAAGAUGGGCGCACCCUGUCUGACUACAACAUCCAGAAAGAAUCCACCCUGCACCUGGUCCUCCGUCUCCGAGGUGGGAUGCAGAUCUUCGUGAAGACCUUGACUGGUAAGACCAUCACCUUGGAGGUGGAGCCCAGUGACACCAUCGAGAACGUCAAGGCAAAGAUCCAAGACAAGGAGGGCAUCCCCCCAGACCAGCAGAGGUUGAUCUUUGCCGGGAAACAGCUGGAAGAUGGGCGCACCCUGUCUGACUACAACAUCCAGAAAGAAUCCACCCUGCACCUGGUCCUCCGUCUCCGAGGUGGGAUGCAGAUCUUCGUGAAGACCUUGACUGGUAAGACCAUCACCUUGGAGGUGGAGCCCAGUGACACCAUCGAGAAUGUCAAGGCAAAGAUCCAAGACAAGGAGGGCAUCCCCCCAGACCAGCAGAGGUUGAUCUUUGCCGGGAAACAGCUGGAAGAUGGGCGCACCCUGUCUGACUACAACAUCCAGAAAGAAUCCACCCUGCACCUGGUCCUCCGUCUCCGAGGUGGGAUGCAGAUCUUCGUGAAGACCUUGACUGGUAAGACCAUCACCUUGGAGGUGGAGCCCAGUGACACCAUCGAGAACGUCAAGGCAAAGAUCCAAGACAAGGAGGGCAUCCCCCCAGACCAGCAGAGGUUGAUCUUUGCCGGGAAACAGCUGGAAGAUGGGCGCACCCUGUCUGACUACAACAUCCAGAAAGAAUCCACCCUGCACCUGGUCCUCCGUCUCCGAGGUGGGAUGCAGAUCUUCGUGAAGACCCUGACUGGUAAGACCAUCACCCUGGAGGUGGAGCCCAGUGACACCAUCGAGAACGUCAAGGCGAAGAUCCAAGACAAGGAGGGCAUCCCCCCAGACCAGCAGAGGUUGAUCUUUGCCGGGAAACAGCUGGAAGAUGGGCGCACCCUGUCUGACUACAACAUCCAGAAAGAAUCCACCCUGCACCUGGUCCUCCGUCUCCGAGGUGGGAUGCAGAUCUUCGUGAAGACCCUGACUGGUAAGACCAUCACCCUGGAGGUGGAGCCCAGUGACACCAUCGAGAACGUCAAGGCGAAGAUCCAAGACAAGGAGGGCAUCCCCCCAGACCAGCAGAGGUUGAUCUUUGCCGGGAAACAGCUGGAAGAUGGGCGCACCCUGGCUGACUACAACAUCCAGAAAGAAUCCACUCUGCAUUUGGUCCUGUGCUUGAAGGGAGGUGUCUAAGUUAUCCCUUCUAAGCUUUUGACAAGUUUCAUUGCACUUUCAAUAAAGUUGUUGGCAUUCUCAAA